CAGAGCGCUAGACCUGUGACGGUAUGGCGGAAAAACACGCCCCCUUCGUGGCCAUGGAUGCGGUGCUGAUGCCCAGCAUGGCCCUUCCCGACGACAUGUCCCGUAUCAAGGGCUAUGACUUCAACCAGGGAGUGGACCACCAUGCCCUGCUCCAGUCCUUCCUCACCACAGGCUUCCAGGCUAGCAGCGUGGCCCAUGCCAUACAGGAGAUCAACAAGAUGAUUGAGAAGCGUCUGGAGCCGCUGGAGGAAGAGGAAGGAUGCAGCUCCUCCCCUUCCCACUCGGGCUGUACCAUCUUCCUGGGGUAUACCUCCAACCUCAUCAGCUCUGGAGUGAGGGAGUCCAUCCGCUACCUGGCACAGCACAAAAUGGUGGACGUGAUAGUGACAACAGCGGGGGGAGUUGAGGAGGAUUUCAUCAAGUGUCUGGCCCCCACCUACCUGGGGGAGUUCAGCCUGUCUGGCAAAGAGCUGAGACAGAGAGGCAUCAACAGGAUAGGUAACCUCCUAGUACCUAAUGAUAACUACUGUAAGUUUCAGGACUGGCUGAUGCCCAUUCUGGACCAGAUGGUGCAGGAGCAGAAAGAUGAGAGCACCCACUGGACCCCGUCCAAGAUGAUCCACCGUCUGGGCAAAGAGAUCAACAACCCAGAGUCUGUCUACUACUGGGCCUAUAAGAAUGACAUCCCAGUGUUCAGCCCUGCUCUGACAGAUGGAUCCAUUGGGGACAUGAUCUAUUUCCACUCAUAUAAAAACCCUGGGCUGGUGCUGGAUAUAGUAGAUGAUAUCCGCAGGAUGAACAGCAAGGCAGUGUUUGCCAAACGGACAGGGAUGAUUAUUCUGGGUGGGGGCCUGGUCAAACACCAUAUAGCCAAUGCCAAUCUGAUGAGGAAUGGAGCGGACUAUGCAGUGUUUGUGAACACUGGGCAGGAGUUUGAUGGUUCAGACUCAGGGGCCAGGCCUGAUGAGGCAGUGUCUUGGGGGAAGAUCCGCAUGGAUGCCAAGCCAGUCAAGGUAACUCACUCACCAGCUACCGUAUCCCCAGUCUGAAGGUUAAUGGAUGGAAUAGAAAAUAAUCUAACUUUAUUGGCCACCUGAAGAUGGAAAUGUGCUUUUGGCCUCACCUUACGUUAAUAUAGAUGAAGUAAAAGUGUAACUCGUGGUCAAGCAGGAGAGCAGUGGCCCCAGAACUCUUGAUAGAUGCAUUAGAUCGACCAAAGAUAAAACACAAACUCACGUUGAACCUUUUCCAAUGGCUCUUUCCAUUCCCAUCUCCAGAAAUGUCUCUUAGAGAUCUGUAUGUUUAGGCUUCUGUUUCCUUUCUGUGUUGUUUUGUUUCUCUCUCCAGGUGUACGCUGAUGCUUCCAUAGUCUUCCCACUGCUGGUAGCUGAGACGUUUGCCCACCAUGCUGACAAGCUGAUUCCUGACCAGAAAGAAUAACCAAACUAACCAAGGUGUUCCCACUCCACACUUAAAGGAAUAAUCCACAAAAAAAACAAAUGUUGUUUUUUGUUUCGUUAGUCAACUGUUGAUACAGUCCCAAAAUGUUUUACAUGUCAGCAAUCAAGUUUUCAAGAUAUAGAACUUUCAAAAGGUUGUCACUUGCCACAUCAUCAUGAUAAUGCAUCAUAUGACAGGGAUCUCUCUCUGCGUCUAUUUUUAGACAUGAUGUUCUGUUUACGGACUUCUCUCUCCAUUAUUUCAGAAAUAAGUGUUUGCUACAGGGUACAUUUAGCGCAGCGAAAGUGUUUUUGUUGUUGUAUGACGUGAAUUGCCAUGUACCAAUGAGUUGUGUGUGUACAUGCGUGUGUAUGCGUGCAUACUGGCACGUAUGAGAAUGCCAUUGCUGAGUGAGACAUUACUAUAUGGUAAACUUAUGAGAGAUGUUAUUUUUUUAAGUGUAGUGAGAGGGUCUCUUUAGGGGAGCAUGCACUGUUAUUCAAAGAAACACUUACCUGAGGUGAAAUGUAUUUCUUUAUUAACUGGUACCUACUCAUGUAUAUCUGAAAAUGUAAAUGAAUAAAAACUACCUCAGAAUGUUUCCAUUAUUACAGAAUAAAACAUCUGAUGUUGUCUUA